CACACGACGCACGACACACAGUGACACGAGAACACUCGACACCGACCUCUAAGCCAUGAUCAGCCUGUUUUCAGUUUAGUAAACUCUGUGCCGUUUUCGUUACUCGCCCCGUGACCUGGCGUCCGGACUCCGCCUCCUCAACACCACGUCGCCAACAGCCUGGCGAGCGCCACAGAAAGAGUCACGGUGCCUGCCAUGCCGGGCUCGACUACCAUGCUGAACGAUGCGCCUUCAGGAACCCUGAGCGGACGUUCCGAUGGCGCAAAAGGCGGGAAGCGACCGUUGCCGCAUAUCGACGACAUCACCUCCGUCACUGUAGACGUCGACCCGUACGCGCCCGUCGAGAAAGUCCUUCAGGCGGCAGAGAGCUAUUUGCGGCAAGCUGAGUCGUCCAAAAAUUUUGGCCGACCCGACCUUGCGCUCAAAGACUACAUACGGACCAACAUUCUUCUUCUCGAUGUCGUAAAGCAGAACAAGGGAUGGGUGUCACUACAGCGCGACAACAGGGCCCAAUUUGAGCGAUACCAGCGGCUUGUACGGCAGGUACAUGCCGCGCACGGAGAUUUUGAGGCUAUCAAGGACCAAAUAAAGGCCGACAACGCGAGAACGGGGGUUGAGCCCACCAGUCGCUCCGCAGGAUCGGCUGGAAAGGGUGCUGCUAUCAACGGACAGGAUAAGGACACAACCCCAAACGGCACCGCAAAAGAGAACGGUGUUGCGGCGUCGCCUCCACCGAGAAGCAAGCCCGUCGUCCACCCAAAGCCCAAAAAUCUCCAUGGAAAUGCGCUACCGCCAGGACCGGGGGCGGCCACCCAGGCCAAGGCCCAGGACCUUGUUCAGCGUUUCGCAAACCUCCGAGCGGGCGCAAACAACGCUUCCCGCGGCGCACACGCUAGGACACAAUCAGAAAUGUCGCCAGCGCGAAUCGGGUCGCUGGCAUCCUCAGAGGUGCCGCUUUCGAGUCCGCCGUUGAAUGGCGCUAUUCCCGAGUUACCCCGGAUGCCCGCCGCUAUUUACAACCCACCACGAGGCACUAUCUCGAGCGAGACGGCUGCUCUUCCCACCAGCGCUCCUCGCGCCAUGUUUACGAGGACUAGUUCGGCAGCCUCUCUAAGCACUGUCAAAGCGAACAAUCCACCACGUUCUCCUGAAGGCGCAGCAUCCACAAGCGCUUCAGUGAAGCGGGCUAGACCGGCUGUCCCAGAUGGGGACACAAUAUCUGUUGAGGAUCUGCUCCGGUGCAUGAGGACUGGCGCCAAGGACCUGUCUAUCCUUCUCAUUGACAUCAGAAGUCGUGAGGAUUUCGAUGAGGGUCAUGUCAUGUCGCAGGCCACUAUCUGCGUCGAGCCCGAGAUACUCACAAGAGACCAUAUUUCGGCGAAUCAAGUUGCAGAUAGCAUGGUUUUGGCGCCGGCAGCCGAGCAACUACUCUUCGAAAAGCGCCACGAGUUCGACUUGGUAGUGUUCUACGACCAGAACUCCGAGCAGAUCCCUGACAGACCGCAGACACCCCAAGCGAAGGCUGUAUCUGGCUUGUUCAAUGCCCUCAGCCAAUAUGAUUUCCCAGGUGCAUCAGGGUUGAAGAUUUCGCCGAAAUUGUUGCGAGGGGGUAUAGAAGCGUGGACCAGUCUGGUGGGCAGCGCGAGUCUGCAGUCCUCCUCGACGACGGCGUCCAGAAAGUACCCAGCAAGCCCCAUGACACGGUCGUUUCUCAACUCGCGCCAAAAGUAUGUUACUCGACCAAUCCAGGAUCCGGCAGAAGCCAAGCGGUGGGAGGAUACCAUUGCCGAUACUGGUGGGAUAUCACCCGUCAGGACAACCGAGGACUUUCUCCGCCGGUUCCCUCCCAUUUCGGAGCACAAGGAGUCGAUGGUGUCUCCCGCCAGCCCUCCAAUGAGUCGGCCGCAGAGCCCUUUUCAGUCUCGCCUCUCUCACGAAGAGAAUCUUUACAAGUCCCUCCCGUCGCCACCGACGCGCCCGCCUCCAGCAGUCCCCCGGAGAAGCUACAGCGGACUUGCCGAAGCCGAAGACAAUUCCUUGGUGCUGGCCAAGAAGUCCGGGCCCCAAGUUGUCGACACAGUGCGAAAGUUUCGGACAGGUCUGCAGAAUCCGGGCGUUUUCUGUUUUGCGAACAGUUCUUUGCAAGCCAUGUUCGCCACGCCGGGCUUUGCGCGCGAGAUAUGGACAGGGGCUUGGAAGGAAUUGUAUAAGGUGCCUAUGAAGCCGGACGAGAAGUUUGAGAAUCCCCAGCUUCUCAUCAAGUGCUUGACCAACCUGUUUCACUGGCUCAACCAAGGUUCACUCCGAUCACUCGCGGCUAAGACGUUCAUGGAAUACAUCCAUUUCAUCCACUCUAAGAGCUCGGACGGUAAAAAGAAGCCGGACUGCGACAUCUUCGGAGGCUCCUCUCAGCAGGACGCCCAAGAGUUCUACUCUUUCAUCAUGGACAACAUUCAUGACGAAACAAACGUCCGUCGGGACGUGAAGCCUUCCAAGGAAGAGAAGCCCUACACGCCAAAGGACGGCACCAUCAUCCAAAACGCCAUGGACUAUUGGCGCGACUAUUCCAAAUACAGCGCCUCAAUCAUAGACAAGUACUUCCGCGGCCUCGAGGUUUUCAUCUCACGCUGCCACAACCCCGCCUGUCGCCAGGAGAUCCGCCUCUUCCAGCCGUGCGACGUCUGGAUUCUCAACCUCGCCGGCAUGGGUGACCCAACCGACCUUGACAGCCUGCUCGCCAACCAUCAGACCUCGGAGCACUUCCCCGAUCUGGUCUGCGAGACAUGUAACAAGCCCGGGCGCACGCGCAAAGCCAAGUUUGCGCGCCUCCCCGACCGCCUCGCCUUCUGCCUCAAUCGCUUUAACAGCGCCGGCGCCGGAGGCGGCGGCUUCAGUAACCGGUUCAUGUCGUCGGGCAAGAUACAUAGCAAGGUCCGGUUCCCGAUCCGCGACCUCGACCUGACGCGCUACUGUGCCGAGCCCGACCCGGACAUGGCGACGACGGAUGACCGCCACUUUGCCGGCAAGAUGCGGUACGAUUGUUACGCCGUCACGGUGCAUGUCGGGCAGGGGAUCAAUGGCGGGCAUUACUACAGCUACGUGCAGGACGAGACAUCCAAAGACCCGACCGAUUGGUUCAGAUGCAAUGACGAAGUGGUCGACCGUGUCAAGAUCGGGAGUGGGCAGCCGGGAGAUAUGACCGAGGCCAUGUAUCAGAACGGUAAUACGUCAGCGUACAUGGUCUUCUAUCGGCGACAGGGGACAUGAGGUUUACGACGGUUAAUCAUUGGUUGUUUUGGUUGGUUGGUUGGUUGGUUGGGAAUAGAAACGCGUGGUCGAGUAACCAACUGGGUGAGUGAGCUGAGCUGUGCAGCAUUUUUUGGACCGGAAAGGAGGUGGGAGCUUGAG